GACAGCGACAUGACAGACCACAUACAGCAGCCCGGAGGGCGCGGGAACCCCGGCCCUACGCCCUCGCCUUCCCCGGGUCCUGGACCCGGCCCGGGCACCUCGGAGCGGGUGACGCUCAAGAAAGAGAUCGGGCUGGUGAGCGCCUGCACCAUCAUCAUCGGAAACAUCAUUGGCUCAGGCAUCUUCAUCUCACCCAAAGGUGUCCUGGAACACUCGGGCUCCGUGGGUUUGGCCCUCUUCGUCUGGGUCCUGGGUGGGGGUGUGACGGCUCUGGGCUCACUCUGCUAUGCAGAGCUGGGUGUCGCCAUCCCCAAGUCUGGUGGGGACUACGCCUAUGUCACUGAGAUCUUCGGGGGCCUGGCUGGAUUCCUGCUGCUCUGGAGUGCUGUUCUCAUCAUGUACCCCACCAGCUUGGCUGUCAUCUCCAUGACUUUCUCCAACUACGUGCUUCAGCCCGUCUUCCCCAACUGCAUCCCCCCAGCCACGGCCUCCCGAGUGCUCUCCAUGGCCUGCCUGAUGCUCCUGACGUGGGUGAACAGCUCCAGUGUUCGCUGGGCCACGCGCAUCCAGGAUAUCUUCACUGGUGGGAAGCUGCUGGCCCUGGCGCUCAUCAUUGGUGUUGGCUUUGUCCAGUUCUUCCAAGGACACUUCGAAGAGCUGAGGCCCACCAAUGCCUUCACGUUCUGGAUGACACCGUCUGUGGGUCACCUUGCCCUGGCUUUCCUGCAAGGCUCUUUUGCCUUCAGUGGCUGGAACUUCCUCAAUUACGUCACCGAGGAGCUAGUUGACCCUCGCAAAAACCUACCUCGUGCCAUCUUCAUUUCCAUCCCCUUGGUCACCUUCGUGUACACAUUCACCAACGUUGCCUACUUCACCGCCAUGUCCCCCCAGGAGCUGCUGUCCUCCAACGCAGUGGCUGUGACCUUUGGUGAGAAGCUGUUGGGCUACUUCGCGUGGGUCAUGCCUGUCUCUGUGGCACUAUCGACUUUUGGAGGGAUCAAUGGCUACCUGUUCACCUCAUCCAGGCUAUGCUUCUCUGGAGCCCGAGAGGGACACUUACCCAGCUUGCUGGCCAUGAUCCAUGUCAGACGCUGUACCCCAAUCCCUGCCCUUCUUGUCUGUUGCGGGGCCACAGCGGUCAUCAUGCUCGUGGGUGACACAUACACACUCAUCAACUAUGUGUCCUUCAUCAACUACCUCUGCUACGGAGUCACUAUCCUGGGCCUGCUCGUGCUGCGCUGGAGGCGGCCAGCACUCCACAGGCCCAUCAAGGUGAACCUCCUCAUUCCUGUUGUGUACUUGGUGUUCUGGGCAUUCCUACUGGUCUUCAGCUUCAUCUCGGAGCCCAUGGUCUGUGGGGUCGGCGUCAUCAUCAUCCUCACUGGGGUCCCCAUCUUCUUCCUGGGAGUAUUCUGGAGAAGCAAACCAAAGUGUGUGCACAGACUCAUAGAGUCCAUGACACGCUGGGGCCAGGAGCUGUGUUUCGUGGUUUACCCCCAGGGCUCCCUGGAGGAAGAGGAAAAUGGCCCCAUGGGCCAGCCCUCUCCAAUGCCCAUCACGGACAAGCCCUUGAAGACACAAUGA